AUGGCGUUGGCCGUGGCACACAAGCACCUGGUGGCCAAGUUCGAGACGCCAUGUGCGACCUGCAACGCGCCCAUCCUCCAGGGCGAGUCCAUGUUUCCGGCCAGCGACAGCGUUUGUAAACACUGGGAGCGCAUGGGCGUCUGCUUCUACAAGGACAGGUGUGUCUUCAGGCACCCCGCCGAGAGACUGGAGGAGUUGCAGCGAGUGGCCGCCCGACAGGCCGCCUUCAAGGCCGCUCGCCGCACCACCAAUGACAUCCGGUGCAAGGAGAACCGCGGGCCCGGCAAGCGCAACCGUGUGCGCAACCGGUUCCGGGCUGGCACCCUACGCAGGUGGCUGCUGGACGCCGUGGGGGAGGACCGCCUGCGACGCGGCUCCGGCAUCCUCGACGUCGCCGCCGGGAAGGGUGAGCUCGCGUUCGAGUUCCUCAACCUCAACGGCAUCCCCAGCACGGCGCUGGAGCCCCGUCCCCUGCAGCUCGAGCGCCAUGUCAAGUGGCUGCAGCGGGGGUACUACAACUGGAAUGCAGUGUUUGCGCCGUACAACAGCGCGACCGCCGAAGGGGCCCAGGGUCGCGUCGCGCGAGAGCAGCCCUGCGACAUGCCGGCGCACCUGAGGAUGGUGGCCACGCCCGCCGUGGCCGCCUGCCUCGGCAUCGCGUGGCCCGGCGGGCCCGACGCCGUCUCGAGGGAGGCGCAGCGCAGCGAGGGCGGCGGGGCGCAGGCCCAGGAGACCGCGGAGCAGACGACCCCGCGGCUCCCAUGCCUGGAGGAGCCGCCUGCCGGCUGGGAGCGCGCUUAUGCCAUGGCGUGCGAGGCAGCAGAAGACCUGCGCUGGACGCACAGAGGACUACGAUCAGACCACGAGAGCGCUGCGGCGGCCCACGAGGCGGGGGAUGGGGAGCCUGCGGUUGAAACGCAGGGCACCGCAUCCUCGAUUGAGGUGGAGGAGAGCUUUCAGACACCAACAGUGGCAGACGAUGGGGAGGCGGAUGGACGCCCGCUGGGCGCCGCUGUGGCGUGGCGCGCCCUGCGCGGCGCGUCUGCCGUCGUGGCCAUGCACCCCGACCAGGCCACCGAGUUUGCUGUGGACCUCGCACUGGCGCUGGACGUGCCCAUGGCGGUGGUGCCGUGCUGCGUGUACGCGUCGGACUUCCCGCACCGCCGGCUGCCGGACGGGCGGCGUGUCACCUCCCACGAGGACUUUGUGGAGUACCUGUGCUCCAAGCACCCCUCCAUCGGCACCGCCACGCUGCCCUUCGAGGGCAAGAACACCCUGGUGUUCCGGCGCUGA